AUAUGAAUAAAUACAUAUAAUUAAUCUUCAUUUAAUAUUUCAUAUGCGUUGAUGUUUUAAGAAGUGAGAUUCCACGUCGCCAUGUUAGUUUUAUGUUGUUUUGAUUAAAUAAGGCGCGGAAAUGAUGCAACGAAGCAUAACAUCAUUUUUUACAAAAACUAAUGUACAAAAAAAAGAUACAGAUAACAGUGACGAUAAUUUAAGUGUCAAAUAUGAAAAGGAGUUAAGUUCUGGAGGAAAAGGAAAACGAAAACGACAAGACAGUCCAAAUGGCAAAAAUUCAACUAGAUCUUCUAAAUCAACAACUAAAAAUGAGAAUCAAGAAGAUGCAAGUAAUUCAACGCAAGAAAGGAAAAAGAAUAAAAAAUCUAAUACACCCAAGAAAGCUAUUAAAAAAUCGAAAAAAGUAAAAGAGCAGCAAUUAGAUUCGAGUGCAGAGUUGGAAUCAACUAUUACGCUAGAAUCCAAAAAAUCUGUACAGAAAAAUGAGAAGGAAGAAAAUAAAGUUUUAGGAGUGUCUCAGUUGGAUAAUCCUAAGAAUAAUGAAACUCAAGAAUCUUCAUUGGAUAGUUCAAACGAAGGAGAUCAUGAAGAAGAAAAAAAUAUUUCUGAAAAAAAAUCUGAUACUGAAUUGGAUAGUGAUUCAGAAAGUGGAGGAGAAGUUUCGAAACAAUCUAAAAUUACUAAAAAAACUAAUGAAAAGAACCGUAAUUUCUUUGCACCUAAAGAAAAUAAAUCUCCAAAAUCUAAUACGGUGGACAGCAAAAAAUCUGCCGUUGAUUUUUACAAUCCAAAUACAACUAAAUAUCAUCCAAUAAAUGAUGCUUGCUGGAAAAAAGAUGAAAUGGUACCAUAUAUUGCACUAACUAGAACUUUGGAAUUGAUAGAAGAGACAAGUGCCAGAUUAAAAAUUAUUGACAUAUUAUCAAAUUACUUUCGUUCUGUCAUAGUUUUAAGUCCAAACGAUUUACUACCAAGUAUAUAUUUAUGUUUGAAUCAAUUAGCACCUGCAUAUGAAGGUAUUAUUUUGGGAGUGGCAGAGACGAAUCUUUUGAAGGCAAUAGCACAGUGUACUGGUCGAACACUGGCACAAUUAAAAGCAGAUGUACAAAAUGUUGGCGAUAUUGGGAUUGUGGCUGAAGGAAGUCGUUCAAAUCAGAGAACUAUGUUCCAACCAACGCCACUUACAGUGUCGCAUGUAUAUAUUACUUUAAAAGAAAUUGCACAAAUGAUAGGUCAUUCGUCUCUUUCGAAGAAAUUAAAUAAAAUUCAGUCCCUUUUCGUUGCAUGUCGUUUCACUGAAGCUAGAUACUUUAUUAGAUCUUUAGCUGGCAAGCUUCGAGUGGGUUUAGCAGAACAAUCUCUUUUGCAGGCAUUGGCAUUAGCAUGUACUAAGACACCACCUGAGCAAAAUUAUCCAUUUGAAAUUUUAGAUGUCAGUAAAAAUAUGUCACGUGAAAAUUUCAAACAGAAAUAUGAUGAAAUUGCUCUUGUAAUCAAAACUACUUAUUGUGAAUGUCCUAAUUAUGAUCUAAUUAUACCAGUGUUAUUAAAAGAAGGAGUUCAAUCUCUACCAGAAAAAUGUAAAAUUACUCCAGGAGUACCUAUCAAGCCUAUGCUGGCUCAUCCUACAAAGGGAGUCCAAGAAGUUUUAACACGAUUUGAAGGGUUGAAGUUCACAUGCGAAUGGAAAUACGAUGGUGAAAGAGCACAGAUUCAUAUGAAGGACAAUGGUGAAAUUAGUAUUUACAGUAGAAAUCAAGAAAAUAAUACAUCCAAGUAUCCUGAUAUAAUUGCACGUUUCAAAAAUACAAGAAAGGAAAACGUCAAAAAUUGUAUUCUUGAUUGUGAAUCAGUAGCUUGGGAUAAUGAAAACAAACAAAUUCUUCCAUUUCAAGUGUUGAGUACACGUAAACGCAAAGAUGCUAAUGAAGCAGAUAUCAAAGUACAAGUUUGUGUAUUUAUGUUCGACUUAUUAUAUUUAAACAAUGAAUCUCUCGUUCAAAAACCAUUUCUAGAACGUCGUCAGCUUUUAAAAGAAUAUUUUAUAGAAGUAGAAGGAGAAUGGAAAUUUGCUACGAACUUAGAUACCUCAAAGAUAGAAGAAGUUCAAGAAUUUUUGGAAGAAUCCGUAAAAGGAAAUUGUGAAGGUCUAAUGGUUAAAACAUUAGAAAAAGAAGCAACGUAUGAAAUUGCUAAAAGGUCUCGAAAUUGGUUGAAACUAAAGAAAGAUUAUUUAGAUGGAAUGGGUGAUACGUUAGAUUUAGUAGUAAUUGGUGGAUAUAUUGGGAAAGGAAAGAGAACUGGUACUUAUGGAGGUUUUCUUUUGGCUUGCUAUGAUAAAGAAAAUGAGGAAUAUCAGAGUUUGUGUAAGAUUGGAACUGGAUUUAGCGAAGAAGAUCUUCAAAAGCAUACACAAUUUUUCAAAGAACAUUUGAUAUCACAAUCGAAGUCGUAUUAUCGUUUCGAUUCAAGUCAUGAACCGGAUCAUUGGUUCGAACCUAUUCAAGUUUGGGAAAUAAAAUGUGCAGAUCUUUCUUUGUCACCUGUUCAUAGAGCCGCUAUCGGAAUCGUCGACUCAGAAAAAGGCAUAUCGGUACGGUUUCCGCGAUUUAUACGUGUACGUGAUGAUAAGAAUUGUGAAGAUGCUACAACGGCACAGCAAGUGGCAGAGAUGUAUAACAGUCAAGAACAGAUAAAAAAUAAAACAACAGAUGCGAAAACAACGGAAGAGGAUUUUUAUUAAAUAUUAAUGAAUUUUCUUCUUAAUAACAAAUCUUUACAUAAUUUUUUUUUGUUUUUUUU